UACGACGGAUCUCACGUGACAUAACGGAGGCGACGCCUGUAGGAACGUUAGACAUACUUUUGAUCGGUACUGACAGAACGGAGACAGAAAGGCUUCAACAUGGCUGAAGGGUGCUGCGCCAAGUUCAUCAAGGUCAUCCUGAUCGGAUUCAACCUGGUUUUCUGGAUCAUCGGGAUAGCGUUCCUCGGUGUGGGGAUCUGGGCCCUGGUGGACGACAGGAUGAAGAACGUGACGGACCUGGACCUGGAGAUGUUCAACACCGUCACGUACGUCGUCAUCGGGGUGGGGGCAGUCACCUUCGUCAUCGGCUUCCUGGGGUGUGUGGGGGCCUGGAAGGAGAGCAAGUGCAUGCUCAUCAUGUACUCCAUGUUCCUGUUUGCGCUGUUUCUGGCCGAGGUUGCAGCCGGGGCCGUUGGGCUUAUCUGGAAAACUAAGGUUGCAGAGGAAAUGGACAAGGCUUUUGCUGAUAUACUGGAUGGUGAAAAACUGGACCAAAGCCCGACUGGAAUCCAGGAGGCUAUGAGCAACCUUCAGGGCCUGUUCAAGUGCUGCGGCAUCAACAACUACACAGACUGGACCAACCGCAGCCCGGGCAGUAAGGGCGCGACCUGCUCGUGUGAGGACGAGACAAGCAAAACUGACUGUGAGAGGGACUCCUCUAAUAACUGGGUGUACAAGGGUUGCCGGGGGAAGUUUGAGCCGUACCUCGUCGACAUCGUCUAUCUGAUUGGACUGGUCGUCCUCUGCCUCGGCUUCGUUCAGCUCAUCGGGUUCGCCUUCACGGUUUACCUGAUAAGGAACCUGAGUGAGGACGGGGUGGUGUAGGGGACCCGCCCAUCCGGAGUAUCAUCUGUUUCUACACUAGAACUGAUCUCAACCAUUUUGAAUAGUUAUUGUAUUGAAUAACAUGUAAACGCUACCAAAUUUCAAGUAACAAUAGUUUAUUGUUACACCUGAAAGCUUAUCAGACUUUGAUCGAUGUCAAAAUUUUCUAUACUUGACAGACUUGACAGCAAUUUAGAAAUCAUUUGUAGACCACAUCACAGCAUUUUGUAACAAGUCACUGGUUUUCCCGACUUUUGUUUCGUAAAUGUCAAAAAUCUAAUGUCCAUUUGUAUGAAACACAAUAAACAUUGCCAAUCA